GUGUCCCACCCCAUUCAAGUGUAACUGACCGUGAACAGCGCAGUAGGCGCGCGAGUCUUCCUCUUGUUGUCCUGCUGUAAAAUGUGCCCUUCUGGGAAGAGAAGUAGUAGUUGACCGUGUUUCCGGUGGAAGCAGCAAAAUUCCGUAUUUAUUUUCGGUGAAAUUGGUUUGUGAGGGCGAUUGUUCCGGUUGAUUAGACCAGGCCGCGAAAAUGUUGGAACCGUCACAGGAAAAGUACAAAAACGAGGUUAAACGAGAGCAGGCUGUCGAUUGUGGACCUGCCGACUUCGAAACGGCCAUCGCGGCAACCGGCUAUGGGAGAUUCAAUUUUCUCCUCCUGCUGAUAGCGAUGCCCUGCUGCAUUUGCACCGUGUUCGAAACGACAACGAUGUCCUACGUGUUGCCCAGUGCCGAGUGUGACCUGCAUCUUACCCUCGUCGACAAGGGCACCCUUAAUGCGGUAACUUACGUAGGAAUGAUUUCAUCCGCCUUUCUUUGGGGCUUCCUCUCGGAUAUGUACGGCAGGAAACGGCUGCUGGUUUACGGCUUCUUCCUGGAUGCAACUUUCAACGUACUUUGUGCCACAAGCCAGACCGUGGUCGCAAUCAUGAUUUUCAAAUUUAUGGGCGGCUUUAUAAUAUGCGGCCCCUUCGCGGUGCUGAUGGCGUAUCUGUCCGAAUUUCACAGUCUCCAGCAUCGUUCCCGGGUGAUGAUACUGAUUGGCAUCUUCUACAGCAUCGGUAACGUUCUGUUGCCGUCACUGGCCUGGAUUAUCAUUCCACAGGAGUGGGACUUUUUGCUGUUUGGUGGAAAAUUUGCGAUUCACUCCUGGCAGAUAUUCCUCGCCGUCUGCUGCUUCCCGAGUCUGCUCUCUGGCGCCUGUGUGCUGUUUAUGCCCGAGAGUCCCAAGUUUCUGAUGUCUAAGGGACGCAACGAGCAGGCGAUGGCAGUGUUCCAGAAGCUGUACUCAUUGAACACCGGUCGGAGUCGAGGAGAGUAUCCGAUUAAAGAGCUGAUGAACGAAACAACGCUGCCCAGUGAGGCGGAUGUUGGCGGGGAUGGCACGCAGACUACCGCCAAGGGAGAAGAGAGGACGACGAGCUGCAGCUCGAAGCUAAAGGGAUUACGUGAUGGGUUGCAACAGAUUCUGGGAAUGUUCCGUAAGCCGCAUCUCAAGAACUCGCUGCUAGCGUACAGCAUCCAGUUUGGAAUUUUAUUCGGACUCAACACAUUCCGCCUCUGGGUGCCCCAGCUUUUCAACAUCAUCGAUGAGUACGAGCUGGAUCCGAAUCCGAACCUCAAUGCCGAUGCAACGUUGUGCGACAUGUUAGCCUACAAAGUGAACAAAUCCAACAGCAUCCAUUCGCAGGAAGCCGUUUCAUCAGCUCUCGACCAGCAACAACUGCUGCUGAGCCCGGAAUCAGACGUGGUGGACAUGAAUAACAUCAUACUGUGCGAAGCGACAACCGAAGGCAGCAUGUAUCUCAAAUCGUUAAUCAUAGGCUUCGUUGGCGUCUUUGCCUACGUGAUCACAACCAUGCUGAUUAAUGCCAUCGGCAAUCGGAACAUUCUGGUGUACGGACUACUCACAUCCGGCGUUUGUGGGGUGUCGCUUUAUUGGGCCAAAAGCUCGGCCAUCGUGCUGGCACUGUCUUCGACGUAUAUCACCAUCACAAGCAUCAGUUCUACCGCCCUGGUCGGUUCGGUCGUUGCAAUGUUCCCCACGUCUAUGCGAACGAUGGUCGUCUCACUGACGAUGAUGUUCGGCCGGACCGGGUCCAUCAUCGGUAACCUGCUGUUUCCGUAUCUGAUGUCGCUCGGGUGCUGGCCGCCCUUUGUUAUGAUCGGUGCAAUUCAAAUCGCUGUGAGUCUGAUCGCUACCACCAUUCCCAGAACGGUAAGGAAGCCGCUGCAGUGAAGCGGUACGAGAGAGCUCCUCCGUGGAAGGCUUAAUAGAUAUAGAUGGAGUAAUUUGUGUCGAUAAGCUUAAUUUAUUGUAAUUAUGGUAGGAUUUCUCGAAGAAAACAUAUCAUCAACGGGAUAAAAAAGUGCG